AUGGCCUCAAUAAAGGAAAGAGCUGCGGCGUUGAAACUUGCAGAGAAACUGUGUGUGCGUCCUCAAGCUCAUGGAGUGGCCAGUAAACCAUCACAGUCUCCCUCCUUGUGGAGUGGCCUCAUCUCCCACCUCAGGUGUUCUGUGAAGGUGAAGCGUCGACGGGUACACCUGAAGUCCCACAGUGACUGUUUCCUGGGCUCAGAGGCCGUUGAUGUGGUGGCAGAACAUAUUAACCACAUCAUGGACGUAGAGGGUGCCAACGUGUCACGGGACAAAGUGGUGUGUGUGUGCCAGGCUCUGUUGGACUGCAACAUGUUUGAAGCGGUGGGAACCAAAGUGUUUGGGAAAGACAAGAAGCAAGAUGUCUUUCAGGACAGCAAGAGCGCUCUUUACAGGUUUGUAAAUGUGUCCAUGCCUUCAGUGGAUGAGCUGGAGAGAGGUCUGCUUGUGAAUGGGAUCCAAAAACUCUUCCGCAGUGCUCCAUCAGACAGGCAGGAAGAGCAGACAUGUCCCACUGGGUCACAUGUUCAGGUCUCCACCCCUCUCCACUUCACUCAGACAUCCACAAAAGCAAACCAGCUGGACACUCAUGUCCCUGGCAGCCUGUCCCUGAAGGCUGCGGUGGACAAUCUGAGUCUGAGUCCCAGCAGAGUGCAGACGGACUCUGUGUUACCACCACCGUUGGUAGAGGAGGUGUGGCAGGAGCAGACCCUGCUCAGGCUGCUAAAUCUGGUGGAGCUCCCCCUCCUGGAAGGAGUACUUCAGUGCAGCCAGACCGCAUCGUCUCCCCCGCCGUCACACCAGCUGGCUCACAGUAACCCAGACCUGAUCUACAGCAGCAACCACCUGGACAGACAGAUCCUCAAGGCCUUCAGGGAGACUCAGGAGGAUGAAUGGCUGUGUGCAGCCCUGGACUGCCUGGACUUCCUCUCGGAUCAGCCUGUGGUGGAGCUGAGCCGGGAGCUGCCUCACUGUUUCCCUCAAAAUCAGGAGAGCUGUGACCAAGUCCCAGCUGGUAGCAGUACCCAAUAUGGAGGCGAAUGCUUGGAUGGGCGCCAGUGGGGCAGAUUAGUCAUCCCUGUUUGAGCUUUUAGUCAUGGCCACGACAGUGAUGAGCCUCGUCUCUCCCAGAGCGGCUUGGCCCAGUGUAAGCUGCUGCUGUACAGGACCCUGGUGAAACACUACAGCCACACAGACAGACCUCCGCUGCUGGCACAACACAUGACUGACAUCUGCACGGCCAUCACUGACCUGCUGGUGAAUGCUAAGUUAGACAAGGCUCUUGAGGCUCUGCAGCUGUGUUUGAAGUUGCUGCCACCCAGCUGCAGAGACGAGCUGCGCAGGCUGCUUACAUUCAUGUCUCUGGCAGCUGAUCCACAAGGGAUAAAACUGGAUAAAGAGAUGGAAAACAGAUUAGCAGUGAACAGGUCUUUCUCCAGAGCGAUCAUCCACAGCAAGGCUCUUUCAAAGGACAAAGAGGACCUGAUUUUGUGCUUCAUGCUCAGCAACAUCAAGGAAAUCUUCAAGAUACCAGGAGCUCUGCACAAAGGAGUGAGUGACAAGCUGGCCAGCCUGGUGCACGGGACACAGCCCGAUGUGACUGGCUCUUUGUCUAGUCAGCAGGUUUCCAGCAGGACUUAUACUGACUCUACAAAGAAGACCACCAACCAGGAACUGUGGGCUCUCUUAAACAGCAUCCACGGGGACACAAAGAUCUCAGCCAAGGAGAGAAAGCACCGACUCAGACAGUUUUACCAAUCCCACCCAGAGAUAUUUAACCAGUACUUUGGCGACUCUGCUCUUAGUGUGCUGUAGGUUUGUGAAGCCAGUGAUAUAUAGGCCCUUAGCCUGGGUGUCUGAUAUCUUCAGCUGUCCAUUUCAGAGGAGGUUUUGACUCUUACAGUUUUGGUUAAUAGCUGGCCAGUUAGACACAAGCUAACUGAUUUAAAAUAAAUGUUUGUAAAUGACAUUAUAUCUUAGAAACGUGUAAAGAUACAAAUGGGAAAGACCCCUACAGCAUAUGAUUACACUUGUAUGCUCUUAUUUGCUUUAUUAUUGAACAAAAUAAAUAAACAGAUGACAUAUUCUUGGCUGUCUUUCUCUUGAAUAUAAA